AUGUACAUCUGGCAGACAUUGCCGACACUGGCAACAUUGCUGAUCCCGUCACCACUAAACCUCGAUCCUGAGAUCCACUGCCGUAACCCGGGACCUGCUGCUGGUCGUCGCUGCUGCCGCUGCCGCAGCGGUGACGGGCGCACCGUGAUAGCCAGCGGCCACCGCCACCACCGCAGCCGCCACCGCAUCGUCAUAACCACCCGACUGGUCCCCGGGACUCUUUGUGGGAGGAUGAUGAAAGGAACAGGACGGCAGGAGUUGAACCUGCUUGCUCCAGGCGGAGUACCGCCGAGCGCCCCGAUUAGAAUACGUCCCUCACGCCUCCCGGGUUCCCAUGACCGGCAGUCUGAAAGCCAUCCAGCUGCUAUGAGCCCUAUGACCGUCAGACCAGCGCCUACGAUCUAUCUGCAAUGGAUCGAUCCUAGACAAUCCGUUUUGGGGCUCCUGGAGGCCCAGAAAGCGCUGCCGGGGCAUCAUGCGCCCCCUUAA